AAGACCAUUAAUAUCUUUCAUCCAAUUACAUGAAUGUAAAUACAUAAAAUGGCUAUUCCACUCUGGUUUACUAUGUAGCUUGUAAAUCUGUGGUUAUUAUUGUAAAUAAGCAUCAUCUUUCAAUGUACAUUAAAAUAUUGAUAAAUAAUAUAUACAAAUGUUCAUAUAAAGUACUGCAGUAGUUUCAUUUUAUUUGUGGUCCUUCCCGUUUUACCAACCUGUAUUUUUCUCCGUCUCAAAGCUGAAAAAGACCAACCAACUAAUGUAUCUUUUAUGAUUGGAUAUAUUUAGCUUUAAACUGAACUGCUAUGAAUUACAAACAGGAAGCAGUAAACAAUAGUAAUAAGAGGAUGUGGUUGAAAAUGCAUUAGGUUUGCUUCCUUCUUAAAAAGAAAAAAGUCCACCUAUGGUAAGCCCCUGUGAUGAAUGCAAAUGCUGCAUCAGAAGUCAAGAAGAAACCAGCAAUAAAACAAGGCUAGUAUGUCAGAACUGGACUAUUCAAGAACCUGCACUAGAAUCAACGGGACAGUCUGCAAUGAAAGCUGUUUCCUGAAACCUGAAGACUACCACUUCACUGUUCUGCCUUGGCUUUAUCUCUUUCUGGCUAUCCUGGGCUUCCUGACCAACGGAUUGGCCGCACUGGACCUCUGGAAGACAGAAAAGACACCCAGAGUCAUCUUCACUUUAAACCUAGUGGUCUCUGACCUGAUGCUGUGCAGUAGCUUUCCCUUUAGAAUGGCUUACUAUAUACAUAGUUCCCAGUGGAAGCCAAACACUGUGGUCUGCUCUGCGACUGAAUUUAUUAUGGUGUCUUGUUUCUAUGUCAACAUCUAUUGCAAUAUGAGUUUCUUGCUAUGGACCAGCAUCAAUCGAUGUGUUACAGUAGUACAGCUGCGCUGCAGUCUGUUAAAAAUCUUCAAGCAUCCACGUCUCUGUUGGUUCCUCUGCCUCAGCACCUGGAUAGUGGGAUUAACAUUUGUCACUGGCUCUAUAAUAUAUAAAAUAGGCCUGAAAUACACAGGGAAAGACCUAAAAUCCUGCUUUGAUCAGGUAUUAAAUAGAAAAACUGAUCAAAUGAAUGGCCUGCACAGCAUUGGUGUGGGAAUCUUCUCCUUCAUGCUGGGCUUGAUGCUGGUCAGCUACGGGCUGCUGAUAUUCCAUUUGUACAAGGUUCCUGUUCUUGCCCAACAGAAGUGAAACCCGACGUGGUCUUCUGCCGUGUUCAACCAGUCUCCUCAAGGUUUGAUACAUUUGGAGAUGACCUUUCUGUUUACCAGCAGCUUGUGGCUCAUAUCUGCAUAAUUUUAUACACAUAUUGGCAGAGACGCUGUUUAGAUUUUAAUCAAAACAUUUUUUUGUAAUUUUGUUCAUCAGAAUUCAGCCACGUCUUCAUUAUAUGAAUUCUCUUUAAGUUGAACUCAUGUAUUACUGUAGUUACUUGAAUAAUAGGUAGUCUUCUUUAUAGGAAAAGGGAAAUGAAAUGUCUAUAUAACUUCCUGCAGGGACUGAUCACCAGAAUGCACAUACACACUUGUCACUGACAGAUGUUUCCAGUACAAUACCCCUUCUAUCUGGUGGUUCAAAUGGCAGUCUGUUCCCAGGGCGUUCACUUUAAUGCAUCCUCUUGCUUGUGUCAGACAUUCACCACAUAUCUGGUGCUGCCCAUUCUUUACAGUGCCAUGCUCCUUGUAGGCCUGUUUGGAAAUAUCCUCUCUAUUUGGGUUUUCAUUACAAAGAUUUCCAUUAAAACCCCCACUCACGUAUACCUCAUCAACCUGGGGGUCUCAAAUCUGAUACUGUGCCUCACCAUGCCGUUCAAUGCAGUCUACUACGCUCUUAGCACCAGCUGGUCUUCAUCCAGUCUGUUGUGUCAGUUAGCCAUAAAUGUCCUGACUCCAGUUCUUCACUCCAACAUUGGAGGAAGCAUGCUCAUUCUCACCUGGCUGGCAUUAGCUCGCUUUGCUACACUUAUCCAGCAUAACUAUGGUCAUCGCCCAAGCAGGUGCACCAAAUUCUUGCCUGGGAUCUUCUUAACAAGGAUGCAGCAAACUUCAUUUGCAAUAGGCAUGUGUGUAGGAACUUGGGCCCUUAUGUUGUUGAUGAUUGUUCCCACAGUGGUGGUUUAUGCUACGGUGGAGACAAGCAGAGUGGAAAAUAGCAGCGAGCAGCCGUGCUACAGUGUGCCAGUAGAGGUUGGUGGCUCUGGCUCUCAAGCAUUUGCCAUCGUAGGAAUCACAAUAUUCUUCCUCUGCCUGGUUGUGGUGAUGAGUGCCUACAUAGCUGUGAUCAGGCACAUAAACAGGACAAAAACUCACAGGAUCAUCCCUGACACACAGAGGGUCUUGUCAAGAGUGUGUCGCAACAUUUUGGUCAUCCAGAUUGUGCUGGUCAUUUGUUUCCUUCCAUACCACACCUAUAAGUCUGUUUUCAUUGCCAUGGUCCAGAAUGAUCAGUCCAGAGACCUUCUAAUGGAAUGCCAUCAUUUUUCAACACACAUAGAGAUUAAGAAUCUUUUCCUCAGUCUGGCAGUUCUACGCUGCAGUACAGACCCCAUCAUUUACUUCCUGCUGGACAAGAUGUUUAAGCGGUAUGUAUGUGGUUUGUUUCGAGAAAAUGGUAGCAUAAGAGACAGCCAAUUGUCCAGAACUAUGAAUGAAUUAGGACAGCUUACGCAGUGUGACAGUGGUAUUUUAAAAGGUAAUAUAAAACAUGAGGCAGCUUCACUUUUAAAAGACUCAAACUUUGGACCAUCAGUUCCAUCAUGACCCAUAGUGAAAUGCUAAAACACGCAUUGUGUUGGAGAUGAGUAAUGGAGACAAGAAGAAGUAAAAGAGAAAAUGUAUGCAUUCAUUCUAGCUAAUAAAUACAAUACAUACAAAUAAAUAAGUAUAUGCACUUUUUCCCCUGGUUGAUUUCUGACAUUUCAGACAUUCUGUAUAUGAUUAUUAUUUACCCUUUAUAUAAUUUAUAUAUGCAGUGUGGGUUAUUAAUGUAGAGAAUAGACAGUGUUUUGGAGGGGCUUAAAAUAGCAUGAAAGAAAACUGCCAGAAGAUGUCACUGCCAGAAAAUGUAAUAGAGAAUAAUAUAUGUAUAAAAAAAUGGCAUUAAGCAUAUGAAGUUUUUAAGAAAUUGUCAAUAUUGCCUUCUCAUGAUUUUGAUUUGCUACUCUGCAGCAUUAUUUAACCAUCUGUUUUAGAAGCUGAGAAUCAUAUAAAUAAUUGUCCUGUUCUGAAUGUUAAUAAAUGGGUAAUAAAUGUUAAUAAAGAGCACAGGUUAAACAAUAUUAUUUUUGAUGUUAAUUCAUUGCUUUAUUAAGUAUGAUGACUUCUGGAUCUGUUCUUAUAUAAUCGUAUCUUUAUACUUAUACUUAUCUUUCAAGCAUUUAAUAAUAAAAACAUUUACCAACAGAAUUAGACAAUGUUAAGCUUGUAAUAAUUUUAAGCUUAACUGUUUAAAAAUGAGUAUGUCCACAAAUAGGCAUAAAAGGACACAAAUAAGAUAACAUAGAAUAUGACAUUUUCCUUAUUCAAGAUAUCGUCUCUUUAGCAACAAUUUGAAAAAUGUGUAACGGUGAGUGUCAGUGUGUAUUUGCCAAUCAUUUAUCAGUGUCUCUCAGUUAUUCAGUAAUCUUAAAAACCAGCCAGGAGCCGUGUGAUGCGCAGUGCUCUGCUAACGUGGGGAUUCUUGUGUGCUGUUAAAUUUCAGAGUGUGUGAGAGGGCAUCUUUCUUUAUUUGAUCAAGUCUAUUUUCAGACUCAUUCCCAGUAUUUACCAAAUAAUGUUGACACAUUAUAGUAUUUCCCUUGAUAUAAAAAUAUAUGCCUGUUUCUAUGAUUGUGUGUGUUUUUUAAUAGGCCAUUCUGACAUAUUAUAUCCAGCAUGUUCUGAAUCUUGUAUUUACAAAAUUGUUUAAACCAACACUAUCCACAAUGCUAUGUUCAUGAGUCUCAUCAGUUUACAACUUACUUCACUCAUUGGAUUUCUCUAAAGAAUCAAAUUGCUAAUGUUUUACCAUGAAUAAAGUACCAACAGAGAACAACCACCA